UAUUUCUUUUGCUCCACAGAUUCAGUGGAAGCAGGUUUCUUCUUGUGUGCAUAUGAGUUUGCUAUCCAGAAGCUGAACUCACCCUGGUGCCAGUUGUUUGACGAGGUAGAUGCACAGGUAAUGGAAUAUGCUGGUGACCUUAAACAGUACUGGAAGCGAAGCUAUGGGCAUGAAAUCAACAGCAAGUCGAGCUGCAUCCUCUUCCAUGAUCUUUUUCAUCGUCUUGACCAAGUUGUAGCCGAGAUCACUAAGAACUCAGAUGCUAUUGUAUCGGAGGCUGUGACCGUGCAGGUGGGCCAUGCUGAGACGCUGUUACCCCUUCUCACCCUGCUGGAUCUGUUUAAGGAUGACAUCCCUCUCAGCUCAACUAACUUUGCAACCCAGCACAACAGAAUAUUUCGAAGUGGGAAUAUUGUGCCGUACGCUGCCAACCUGCUGGUAGUGCUGUAUAAAUGCCCAGAGGGGAUUAGGAUGGGUGUGCGACUCAAUGAGAAAUCUUUGACCUUGCCUGGACUCACUGACCCCGUCCCAAUGUAUGAGGAUGUGAAGACACGCUACAGUACUCUGCUCAAGGGUUGUGACCAAGAGACUGUGUGUAAAAUUAACAGUUAAAAAGCAUAAAAGUGCAACACAUCACAAAGGCCAGCAGACUGCUGACAUUAUCAUAGAAGCAACAACCAGCAAACAUUUUUUUUUUAAUGUUAUACAACAUUUCACUGUUGAUAGAAUAGUAAAUGAAAGUUAAAGAUUUUAGAUAUUAAUUUUAUAUAAAUAUAACCACAUUUAACCCCACAGUAUUACUGGUCCAACCAUAUAAUGAAGAAACCACAUUUGACAUUUCACAUGCUAAGUAUUUACAGUGUCAUUUGGAAAGGUCUUUAGUUUUUAUUUUUUUUUAUUAUACAAUGAACCAGCGAUUGUACUUGGUUUACAUGACUGAAUUGUAUAUUGCGGGUUUUGGUAGAGAGUCCAGAGGACUUUGUUGCUUGCUUAUACAGUAUUUCUGUUAAAACUUUAGUAUAUAUAAUCUAUUCAGACCAAAGAUUACUUUAAAUAUCCAGUAUAUAAUAUCUAAUCUAAUUUGAUCUGAGUUCGAUUUUAAUUUUUUUAUAUAAAAAUAUGAUAUAUAUAUAUAUAUAUAUAUAUAUAUAUAUACACACACACACACACGAUAAAACAUUUCUGAUUUAGCAGAUUGAAUUUCCAUGCAAUUGUGUUCUUAUGAAAUGAAUGAAGCUCAAAAAAAUUUGGCUUCCGUAUAAAUUUUACUUUAAACAUCACAGCACACAAUUUUCUUAACAUUAUUUAGAAAUUAAUAAAAUCAAGCCAUGGAAAUGCCUGAAGUGAAUAUGAUUUUCGUAGUUGUGCUCAACUCCCUAAAAUCUAGAGUAGAAUUACUCUGUGAAUGCUAUUACUUAUUGUUACCUGAUGUCCAAAAAGUAUUAUUAUUAUUAUUAUUAUUUGUCUGUUAAUCACGCAGGGCUGGAAAUAAGAAAAACUCAGUGGACAAAAGGUGUGGAAACCAUUAAAUGAUUUUAUUUGUUGUAUGAUUUGUGAUUUUGUUUUGCAAUUACUAUAAACUGGACCUUUAGAGCAAA